AGGGAAAAAGGCGAGUAAUUUUUGUAACAGUGGUCUUUUUGCUUGGGACUACUUUGGGAGGCGGAUGGGCACGUCAGUUUAGAUGGGCGGGGCUUGCUGCCUGGAACCCUAUAAAUACGUCUGUGUGGCUGCGUCAUACCAUAGAGUCUAACUGCCGAGCAACCGAGAGGAACUGCAGACGCGCAACGCUCAGGGCCGGAGACUUCAACAUGCAGAUCUUUGUGAAGACCCUGACUGGCAAGACCAUCACCCUCGAGGUCGAGCCCAGUGAUACUAUUGAGAACGUGAAGGCCAAGAUCCAGGACAAGGAGGGUAUCCCCCCAGACCAGCAGAGGCUGAUCUUCGCUGGCAAGCAGCUGGAAGACGGGCGCACCCUGUCUGACUACAACAUCCAGAAGGAAUCCACCCUCCAUCUUGUGCUGCGUCUCAGAGGCGGUAUGCAGAUCUUUGUGAAGACCCUGACUGGCAAGACCAUCACCCUCGAGGUCGAGCCCAGUGACACCAUUGAGAACGUGAAGGCCAAGAUCCAGGAUAAGGAAGGCAUCCCCCCUGACCAGCAGAGGCUGAUCUUCGCUGGGAAGCAGCUGGAAGAUGGGCGCACCCUGUCUGACUACAACAUCCAGAAGGAAUCCACUCUGCAUCUUGUGCUGCGCCUGAGGGGUGGUAUGCAGAUCUUUGUGAAGACCCUGACUGGCAAGACCAUCACCCUUGAGGUUGAGCCCAGCGAUACUAUUGAGAAUGUGAAGGCCAAGAUCCAGGACAAGGAGGGCAUCCCCCCUGACCAGCAGGGGUUGAUCUUUGCUGGGAAGCAGCUGGAAGACGGGCGCACCCUGUCUGACUACAACAUCCAGAAGGAGUCCACUCUGCAUCUUGUGCUGCGCCUGAGGGGUGGUAUGCAGAUCUUUGUGAAGACCCUGACUGGCAAGACCAUCACCCUCGAGGUGGAACCAAGUGACACCAUUGAGAAUGUGAAGGCCAAGAUCCAGGACAAGGAGGGCAUCCCCCCAGACCAGCAGAGGCUGAUCUUCGCUGAGAAGCAGCUGGAAGAUGGGCGCUCCCUGUCUGACUACAACAUCCAGAAGGAAUCCACCCUCCAUCUUGUGCUGCGCCUGAGGGGUGGUAUGCAGAUCUGUGUGAAGACCCUGACUGGCAAGACCAUCACCCUCGAGGUCGAGCCCAGUGACACCAUUGAGAAUGUGAAGGCCCAGAUCCAGGACAAGGAGGGCAUCCCCCCAGACCAGCAGAGGCUGAUCUUCGCUGAGAAGCAGCUGGAAGAUGGGCGCUCCCUGUCUGACUACAACAUCCAGAAGGAAUCCACCCUCCAUCUUGUGCUGCGCCUGAGGGGUGGUAUGCAGAUCUGUGUGAAGACCCUGACUGGCAAGACCAUCACCCUCGAGGUCGAGCCCAGUGACACCAUUGAGAAUGUGAAGGCCCAGAUCCAGGACAAGGAGGGCAUCCCCCCAGACCAGCAGAGGCUGAUCUUCGCUGAGAAGCAGCUGGAAGAUGGGCGCUCCCUGUCUGACUACAACAUCCAGAAGGAAUCCACCCUCCAUCUUGUGCUGCGCCUGAGGGGUGGCUGUUAAGUUACUGCCCAUCUUGCUUGACAACAAGAUUGCCAAUAGCACUUGUGUUUGCACUGUAGUUCUUUAAUGUCUUAAAUUAAAUGCAAAGUUAAUGCCAGCUUAAGUAACUGCUGAACAACUGUCUGAAAUGCUAAUAAAGUUUCUGUUGCACAUUACAA